AUGCCAAUACCGCAAUCUGACACUGCCAGCGGCCUGCGGGACGACUCGAACGUUGACGGUCCUCAAAGAUCAUCGGAUCCUAAAACUCCCGAGAAGCGCCAAUUCCAUAAAUCCAAAGGCUACCAUAGACCAGAACACCAUAAACAUCGUGAUGGCCACCAUCAGCAGCGUCGUCCUUCCAUUUCGUCAAUUCUCGAUGAAGUCGGAUCCUUCUCGGAACAGGACGAUAGACUAAGUUUCGAGACGCACAGGGCUGAUGAAGCAAUUUCUCGGGCAGAAUACGCAGAAACACGUCUGAAGGAUGCCUUCGAAAGAUUGACAGAAGCUGAAGAGGCCCGGUCACAGUCGGAAAUUCAUUCCAUCAAAGUAGAGGAAGAUCUGCACAGGUAUAGAGAGCAGGUAACACGAGUGCAACAAGAAUUGAGAGACGCUCGUAUUCAGAUCGAAAGCCUACAGCAGGAGAAAUCAGCUUCAGAGAGGGAAGUAGAGAAAAUCAGAGUAGCUAAUCUUGAGCUUCAGAGUAAAUUCCGGAGCUACCAAGCUAAAGAGCAAGGAAGGGAGGAGGGUUUGAAAAGUGGUGUGUUGAAGCAGUUUCAUGAAAAUCGGCAAUAUAUAUGGGAAGCAGGAUUCUCUGAUGGCUUUGAAGAGGGAAGAGAGGCUGGGUUCAAGGAAGGGAACAGAAAAGGUAGAAAGGAAGGCGUGCGUGAAGGUCGAGAACAAGGCCGCAGAGAAGAGCGGAGGAACGCGCUGGAAGCGUUUGACAGAUUCAUUAGGGAAGAGAGGGAAGGAGAAGACGAUAGAGAGCGAACUCGCAGAUGGACAGAGUCCGUUUAUUACACAGAUAGCCAUUGA